AUGGGUCUUUUCAAGAAAUCCGACGGCGACGAGGACUCUAGCCGCCGAGCACUCUUCGGCUCGCGGAAGAAGGACAAAAGCCCCUCUACUACCCCGAACCCUUACGCUCAACCAAUUCCGGUAGACCCAUACACUAAAGCCAAGAUUGGCGCAGGUUACUCCGCCAACAAAUAUGGAAACCAAGGCGGCUACGGAAGUGAUCGAUUCGGCGGAUCUGGCGCAGGCGCCGGCUCCCCGGCUUCAGGCUCAGGCUCGCGGUAUGGAAGCGGUGGCUACGGAGGUCUGGGCGGCGGCGAUCCCAAUGACCCCGCGGCUGCAGACUCCGCUCGCAACGAGCUGUUCGGCGGCGCCAACAAGAACAAGAACCGGUCACCGGAAAACUCGGCCGGUUCACCACCGCCGUAUUCCGAGGGCCAAAAUGGUCAAGGUCAAAACAACUACGGUGGUGGCAGCAACGAGUACAGCAUGGCGACCUUCCAGGAUCGGCAGCUGACAGCCGAAGAAGAGGAGGAAGAGGAAGUCCAGGCGACGAAGAACGAGAUACGCUUCGUGAAGCAGGGUGAUGUGGCGUCGACACGAAAUGCACUCCGAGCCGCCGCACAAGCCGAAGAAACCGGUCGCGCUACUCUGGCCCGACUCGGUGCUCAGGGCGAGUCAGUCCACGACACGGAGAAGAGUCUGGACAUGACAACCAUUGAAGGCCGCAUUGCGGAGGAGAAGGCAAAGGAGCUCAAGACUCUCAAUAAGAGCAUGUUCGCCGUGCACGUGUCCAACCCGUUCACGGCCUCGCGACGCCGGCGUGACCGCGAUGAGAAGACCCUCAAUACACACCGUCAGGAUCGUGAAAUCCGCGAAGGCACACGGUCCGAGGCGCACGCGACUAAUCAGCGUAUGGAGAAGGUGUUCCGUGAUAUUGACCGCGAUGCGGCGAAACAGGGCAAGGGCAAGAAGGCUAGUGUCACCGAGCGUGCCAAGUACCAAUUCGAGGCAGAUAGCGAGGACGAGGCAAUGGAGGACGAGAUCGAGCAGAACUUGGAUUUGCUCAGUGGUGCUACUGGUCGGUUGAACGGUCUUGCCAAGGCCACUGGCAAGGAGCUGGAUGAGCAGAACAGACAUCUGGAGCGUAUCAUGGGCAAGAGCGACUUUGUCGACGAUCAGAUUGCCAUGAACCGGGCCAAGUUGGACCGGAUUCGUUAGAUACGUUCGCUGUUCAAGGCAAAUGGGGCUGCGGUAUGCCUGGUGCUGUCGAGCUCGGUAAUUUUCUGCGUACAUUCCAUCCGUUGGAUGGGGAUCUCACAUUGGCGUUGGGGCUGGUUCUGCAUUGUCUGCCGUGGUCAUAUCAGAGCCGGCGACUAAGAUAUUAGUUGAACAUCAAUUAUCAUAAUCUCAUUGCGAUUCAUUUCGA